AGUGUAUUGUGGCUUUAAUAGGGAGAAAGCUUUUCAAAAGUUCUGUAAGUAAAACACAAUGGAUCCAAAGCAGUCCCAUAACAAUCAACCCCCUCCGCAACAUAUGGGACGAGAUUCACAAGUUCAUCCUCAGCACCAACAGCAGAAUACAACAGUUGUUAUAAACCAGCCCGGUAUACAGACCAAUCCAUUAAUGAUUGGAACAAUACAUGGAACAAGAGGAUGGUCAACAGAACUGUUUGACUGUUUUGGAGAUGUCAACAAUUGUUUGUAUACCGGCUUUUGUUACAGUUGUGCAAUGUAUAAUAUUGCUAUACGCUUGGGAGAAUCUUCCUGCACAAUGUGUUGUGUGCCAGCCGUAGAUAUAAACAUAAGAACAAGAAUAAGGACUCUUGGUGGAAUACAGGGUGAUAUGUGUAAUGAUUGUAUGAUUGUUGCCUUUUGUGGAGCUUGUGCAGCCUGUCAGGAAAACAGAGAGCUACGUAAUAUGGGACUCUAAAACCAGUGUGUACCCGUAUAAAGUGUGUCUUGUUUUACAGUUUAAACACAUAUGUUUUAUUAGACUUUAUAUAUAAUGUGUGUCUGUAUAAAUUUAAAUGGCAUGUAUUAAAAUACAUUUUCUAUGAA